AUGAUUCCCAAGGUCAAAGAGAUCACUGAUAGACUGAAUAGUUUGACUACUCGAAGAAGUAAUUUGGGGUUGAGCGACAUCUUGUCUCAAGCUCCAACCUCCAAAGGAAAGCAACCCAGGCUGCAACCAACUUCCGUGGUGAAUGAAGCUGUGGAGUAUAUCAGUAGACAGAAGGAGAAGACAGAAAUGAUUGAGUUGCUCAAAGGUGAUAACUCCAGUGGAAUUUCAGUCCUUUCCAUCGUCGGCAUGGGAGGGAUGGGUAAAACAACUCUUGCUCAGCUUGUUUACAAUGAUGCCACCAUCAACGAGUCUUUUGACCACAAGGCCUGGGUAUGCGUUUCUGAUCAUUUUGAUGCAGUUAAUAUAACCAGGACAAUUUUAAAAUCCAUCGAUCCUGACUUUUGUGAUGAGAAUGACUUGAAUUUACUUCAAGUUAAGUUGAAGGAGAAGUUGUCUGGGAAAAGAUUCUUGCUUGUUUUAGAUGACAUUUGGAAUGAGAAUUAUAAUGAUUGGGACAUCUUACAGUCUCCGUUUGGAGAAGGGACCAAUAUCAUUGUAACCACUCGCUUUCAAAAUGUGCCAUCUAAUGUGGAUCUGCUUAAAGCUUUUCAUUUGGAUAAACUAUCAGAUGAUGAUUGUUUAUCCAUAUUUACACAGAAUGCAUUAAAAGCAAGAAAUUUUGAUAGACAUCUCCAGUUUAAACAAAUUGGAGAGAAAAUUGUCAGAAGGUGCAAUGGCUUACCUUUGGCCGCAAAAGCCAUUGGAAGCUUGCUACGCACAAUUAAAGACAAUGCAGAAUGGGAAAGAAUAAAUGAGAGUGAGAUAUGGAACUUACCAGAAGAGCAGUAUGGCAUAAUUCCAGCUUUGCAAUUAAGCUACCAUCAUCUUCCGUCAUACUUGAAACGAUGUUUUGCAUAUUGCUCCAUACUACCUAAAGAUUAUGAAUUUGAGGAAGAAGAAAUUAUCUUGUUAUGGAGAGAAGAAGGUCUCUUGCAACAAAAAGCUAUGCCUCAAAUUAAAGAUCUUGGAAAUCAAUAUUUCCAAGAUCUAGUGUCCAGGUCAUUUUUUCAGACAUCCAGUAAAGAUAAGUCCCGAUUCGUAAUUCAUGACCUUAUCAAUGAUUUAGCUCAAGUAGUUGCAGGAGAUAUAUGCUCCAAACUGGAAAGAGAUAAGCAACAAAAGUUCUCAAAUCGCACUCAACAUUCUUCGUAUAUUCUCACUAGAUAUGACACAGUAAAGAAGUUUGAAGCAUUUAAUCAAGUGAAUUCUUUACGUACUUUUCUACCUUUACAGUUGUCACAUUGUUGGAGGCCUUGUUUAACUAAUGUUGUUUUGGUUGAUUUGUUGCCAAAACUUGGCUACUUAAGGGUGCUUUCUUUGAGUGGGUAUGACAUCACUGAGUUGCCUGAUGUUUUUGAAAAUUUAAAACAUCUUCGCUACUUAAAUUUUUCUGACACCGAUAUCAAAUGCCUACCCGAUUCUUUGUGCACUCUUUAUCAUUUGGAAACUUUAUUAUUAAGAAGGUGUUACAGUCUUCAAAGAUUGCCUUCAAAGAUGGGAAAUCUUGUCAACUUGCAUUAUCUUGAUAUUAGAGAUGCCUACUCAAUAGAUAGGAUGCCUUUUGGAAUUGAUAAGCUAACCAAUCUCCAAAGGCUAUCUGAUUUUAUCAUAGGGGAAGGUGAUGGACAUCGUAUCAGAGAAUUGAAAUAUUUGUCAAACCUCAAAGGUGAUUUCUGUCUUUCUAGGUUGGAGAAUGUUAAUGGAGAAGAUGCAGGGGAAGCCAAGUUAAAUGAGAAGCAAGGAAUUGAUCGACUGGUAUUGGAAUGGAGUUGGGACUUUAAGAACGAUAGAAGGAAUAAAGAAGUUGAAGAAUUGGUGUUGGACUCUCUUCGUCCUCCAAAAAAGCUUGAGCAACUCGUCAUUCAGAAUUAUGGUGGUGCAAAAUUCUCUACUUGGAUUGCAGAUUCUUCCUUCAAGAAUAUAUUGUCAUUGGAGCUUAGCAACUGUAAAAAUUGCAAAUCACUACCAUCGAUUGCAAGGUUAUCAUUUUUAAAAGACCUUUCAAUCUGUGAUUUGAAUGAGGUACAUAAGAUUGGUGUUGAGUUGUUUGGAGCAAAUCAAUCGAAUGUAUUUGCAUCGUUAGAAACACUAUGUUUCAAGAGUAUGCCAAACUGGAAGGAGUGGGACCCAUAUGAAGGUGAUGAGCAAGUUUCGAAAUUCCCCAGCCUUCUUGAGCUUUCAAUCAGAAGAUGUACUCAAUUGUUGAGAAGGUUGCCAACCCUUCUUCAAUCCUUGCAGAAACUUGUAAUCUACGAGUGUAGAAGGUUGGUAGUUUCAAUUUCAAGUUUUUCGUCUUUAUGUGAAUUAAGCAUUGAAGGGUGUAAAGAAUUUGUGGAUGAAGGCUCUUCUUCUGCAGAUGAGGUUACCUCUUUGAAAAGUGUCUCUCUUACAAACAUUUCAAAGUUUGAUAUUUCAGCAGAGAAGGCAUUGUUGAGAUUUGCAAACUCGAAAAAUUUUAAGAUCUAUAGUUGGAGUGAGUUGGAAUAUUUAUGGCAAAAUGGGUUAAGCUUAGUUGGCCAUCGCUUUAUUACGAUUGAGUAUUGUCCCCAAUUGGUCUCUUUGGAAACAGAGGAGGAGAGAUUGCAACUUGACAAGAUUCCAAGUGUUGAAUCUCUGGUAAUAGAUAAUUGUGAAAGGCUCAAUAGACUACCAAAAGUCUUACAUGCUGUCCCAUUCAUUACGAGAAUAGCACUUGGAGAGUGUCCAGGCUUGGUUUCUUUUGCAGAGAGUGACUUUCCUCCUGCUUUAAAAGAGCUGAGGAUUUGGAAAUGUGAGAAUUUGUAA